GGGCUGGGCACCCUGUGAGGAGCAGAAAAUGAAGUCCUCCAGGGUGAGACAAGUUUUCCAAGGAAAAGGCUGAGACAAGUUUGCUACAGGGUGCAGUAGCAGGGCAGAGACGGAGAGUGGGGGGAGGGAUGGAUUUGGGGGGAGCUGGAGGCAAUGGAUGUGAGAUUGAGCCCACCCAGUUCUGCCCACACGUCUGUCAAGCAAGGAUCCUUCUGCUGGGCCAGGCUCUGGGCAACGGAAGGGUCUCCUCCCCGGCUGAGAGAGGAGGGAUGGAAGAUGACAGCAGCAGGCCUUGGGAGGGGAGCCCGAGGCAGGGAAUGGAAAUGGCGCCUGGUCUCCCCAGGCAGAGUUCAUCAGGGUCCAGGAUCUGCCCUCUCUUGGCAUCGUCUAGCCAGGCCAUGGCUCAGGUAUCUGAUACCUGGGGCCCGGAGUCACAUGCCAGGAAACCCAAUACUCUUGGGUCCCAGCCCCCAACUUCCAGCAGCGAUGAGCAAGCAGAACUUCUGGAGAAGGAAGCGGGUCUCUAGAGCGGAGCAGCAGGGAGGCUACUUCCGGGAGGAGGGCAGCCCAGGAGAAGGCUCCCCCCCCACCAACAGAGUGCCAACUGGCCUUCUGGUGCCUACCUGGCCCGCCUGGCAGCCACCCAGAUCCUACUCCAUUCCAGGACUAUGCCAAUCGGCGGCCAUGCUCGCACCAGCCAGUCACCUCCUGUCCCUGUUGCUGGUGAUGGGCACAGGGGGUACCAUGCCCAGCCCCCAGGGACCUCCCCAGGGCUGCUACAUGGCAGAGGAAGCUGGUGAGCGGACAUUCCGCUGCAGCCAGGCAGGCCUGACUGCCGUGCCCACUGGCAUUCCCAACGACACCCGCAAGCUCUACCUGGAUGCCAACCGGCUAGCAUCGGUGCCAGCUGGUGCCUUCCAGCACCUGCCUAUUCUGGAGGAGCUGGAUCUGUCCCAUAAUGUCCUUGCCCACCUCUCAGGGGCUGCUUUCCAAGGCCUGGCGGGCACGCUGCGGCACCUCGACCUCUCUGCCAACCAGCUGGCUUCAGUGCCCGUGGAGGCCUUUGUGGGGCUGCAGAUCCAAGUGAACCUGUCUGCCAACCCGUGGCGCUGCGACUGUGCCCUCCAGGAGGUUCUCAGACAGGUGAGGCUGGCACCGGGCACUGGGACAGGCAUCGUGUGUGGCCCUGGAGCCCGACCAGACCUCGUGGGGCAGGAGUUUCUGCUGCUGGCAGGGGAGGAAGAGCUGUGUGGGACGGGGCGGGGCGGAGCCCGGCGGAGCACAGAUGUGGCCCUACUGGUCACCAUGGGGGGCUGGCUGGCGCUGGUGGUGGCUUACCUGGCCCACUAUGUGUGGCAGAAUCGGGACGAGACCCGACGUCCCCUCAAGAGGGCCCCCGUGCUGCCAGUGGUGCGCUCGGAGGACUCCUCCACCCUCAGCACAAUGGUCUGAUGACCAGGUCCACUCCUCUGGCCCUCACCCCACACUCUUUCCCCUGGGCUCUCUCUUGUCCUCUGACCUCUCUGCCUCCUCUGCAGCGCCAUCCCAUCCCCCAAAUUCUACUCCCCUCCCUCCUCUGUCUCUCAUACACUCCUCAUCACUCUUUCAGCCAACACCAUUAUUGGUGCCUGGAGUUUUGGGUGCCGACUUUGAGCCCAGAUUGUGCAAUACUCAAAGCUCCCGAGUGCACCGUGGGGGAGGUGGGGGGGGGGGGGACAACAGAACAGAGAAUGUAGGUGGCACGUGUAGGUGUCUACCCCACUUGGAGGUAGGGGCAGACAGCUGUGUGCGCACGGAGGAGGGAGCCUCUGCCUGGCUGAGCUGAUCUCAAAGGCUUCACUGUCUGGAGGUCUGAACUGACGCUUCCAGAAAGCUAAGGGCUUUGGGCGGAAGAGGGAGGACCCUACUGAGAGGGGGUGGACAGAGGCAAAGAAGAUGUAAAACAACGUGGAAUGUCUGGGCAGCACCAAGACCUACCUUGGAGCUGAAAUAGAGAUUGCAAAGGAGGGCAAGGAGAUGGAGGGACCAAGCUGGAGGUGAGGCCAGAAAGUUGGGGUGCAGUCAGAUUGAGAAGGACCCUGUGGGCUCCUCCUCUCUCUCACCUCUACUGAGAAGCUCCCCCCUCACUUCUGCCUCUCUCUCGGCCCCAGGCUCCUCUCCCUAGGUCCUCUUUGGGGGAACCCCUGGCUUAGGGCCCCCUGCUUCCUUUUCCAGAGACUCCCCAUCUUUCUGCUCUCUCCUUCAUAUAUUGAAGGGUUUCCUGAACUCUUUCCCUUGGGGGUGUAGUGGUCUCCGCUACGUCUGAGCUGGGGAUGGGUCCCUCACUGGAGAGCUGGGGGCAGGGUGGGGAGGAUUAGAAGGUUUCCCACACCCAGAACAUUACCCCAAGACAACUCAAUAAAGUCACUUUUAUUAAU